UCCUCCUCUUCCAGGGAGAGGUCUGUGCGGUUCCAUGUGCCGCAGGAACCUAUGGCCCCAACUGCUCGUCUGUCUGUAGCUGUACCAACCGUGGCAUCUGUUCCCCCGUGGAUGGCUCCUGCACCUGCAAGGAAGGGUGGCAAGGCCUGGACUGCACCCUGCCGUGUCCCAGCGGGACGUGGGGCCUGAACUGUAACGAGAGCUGCGCCUGCGCCAACGGGGCAGCCUGCAGCCCCGCAGAUGGCUCCUGCUCGUGCACCGCUGGCUGGCUCGGAGACACCUGCGAACUGCCCUGCCCAGAUGGCACAUUUGGGCUGAACUGCAGUGAGCGCUGUGACUGCAGCCACGCGGAUGGCUGCGAUCCUGUCACGGGCCACUGCUGCUGUCUCGCCGGAUGGACAGGCAUCCGCUGUGACAGCAUGUGUCCGCCUGGUCGCUGGGGUCCCAACUGCUCCGUCUCCUGCAGCUGCGAGAACGGCGGGUCCUGCUCCCCAGAGGAUGGGAGCUGCGAGUGUGCCCCUGGCUUCCGAGGAACCUUAUGCCAGAGAAUCUGCCCCCCCGGGUUCUAUGGCCACGGCUGCGCCCAGCCGUGUCCCCUCUGCGUGCACAGCGGUGGGCCGUGCCACCACAUCAGCGGCAUCUGUGAGUGCCUCCCAGGAUUCUCCGGAGCCCUCUGCAACCAAGUGUGUGCUGGAGGGCACUUUGGGCAGGACUGUGCCCAGCUCUGCUCCUGUGCCAACAAUGGGACCUGCAGCCCCAUCGAUGGCUCCUGCCAGUGCUUCCCUGGAUGGAUUGGCAAGGACUGCUCACAGGCUUGCCCACCAGGGUUCUGGGGCCCAGCCUGCUUCCACACAUGUAGCUGCCACAAUGGGGGCAGCUGCAGCGCUGAGGAUGGAGCCUGCCACUGCACCCCUGGCUGGACUGGACUCUUCUGCACGCAGCGCUGCCCUGCAGCGUUUUACGGGAAGGACUGUGGGCGCGUGUGCCAGUGUCAGAACGGCGCCAGCUGUGACCACAUCAGCGGCAAGUGCACCUGCCGCACGGGCUUCACCGGGCGACACUGUGAGCAGAGAUGUGCCCCAGGAACCUUUGGCUAUGGGUGUCAGCAGCUGUGCGAAUGCAUGAACAAUGCCACCUGUGACCACGUCACUGGCACCUGUUAUUGCAGCUCUGGAUUCAAAGGAAUCCGGUGUGACCAAGCUGCCCUCAUGAUGGAGGAGCUGAAUCCCUACACCAAGAUCAGCCCAGCGCUGGGUGCAGAGCGGCACUCUGUGGGUGCUGUCACAGGCAUCGUCCUCCUGUUGUUCCUCAUUGUGGUGCUGCUGGGCCUGUUUGCUUGGCGCCGGCGGCGACAGAAAGAGAAAGGCCGUGACCUGGCUCCCCGUGUCUCCUAUACACCUGCCAUGAGGAUAACCAGCACAGACUACUCGCUCUCAGAUUUGUCUCAAAGUAGCAGCCAUGCACAGUGCUUUUCCAAUUCCAGCUACCACGCACUGGCGUGCGGGGGGCCUGCCACCAGCCAGGCCAGCACUCUGGACAGGAACAGCCCCACCAAGCUCAGUAACAAGUCCCUUGACAGAGACACAACAGGCUGGACCCCCUACAGCUUUGUGAACGUGUUAGACUCCCAUUUCCAGAUCAGUGCCCUGGAGGCCAGGUACCCGCCCGAGGACUUCUACAUUGAACUUAGACACCUCAGCCGCCCCGCUGAGCCACACUCACCAGGUUAG